CAUACCUGCUGCUAGCUGCAUUUACUCGACUGUUUCGAAUGCGUGACGUCAUGUGUGACGUUACCGGGCUUGGCGGGGACGUUAGGCGUCGAUUUCAGUCAUUCGCGAGACGUUGAGAACGUAACAUAACUCCGAUUUCCAGUCACCUGUCUCAGGGUUCCCUGUGAUAACUCGAUAUCAUGUCUCACUCCGUCACCAUACGAACAACCACAACCACCACCAGUGGCUCGACGAUCAUCCUAAACACUAGCUACUUAAGAACUUUUCCUGGAAUACUGAAAUUUCUUGAAGUUGCGCUGGGCAUCGUCUGCGUUGGGAUCAUGGGACACGAUCACGACACUCACUAUGCCGAGGCGCUGGCAUCAACGCCCAGGAUAUUUUUCCUCCUCAUGACGACGACUUUCAUGAUCGCAUCUUUCAUUCUUCUGAUAUCUUGCCUCGCAUCCUUGUCAACCGGCUCGAUAAUAUCAAAAACUAUCUACGAGGUGAUCUAUCAUUCGAUCGGAUUUGGAUUGCUCCUUGCAGCAUCUCUCAACCUUCUCGUAGACAUUACCAAAACCCGUUAUCGCCCUCAUAAUUAUGAUGCCAUUUUGGCAGCAUCGAUCAUGGGACUAGUCAAUGCGGCGCUAUACCUUAUGAGUACUAUACUAGCUCUGAGAUCCUACAGAGGUAUUUAAAAGCCGAAGAUCGUACGGGAUUCGACGCUUAAAGAAGCGUCAGUUCGCACUUAAGACACAGUCGUUAUCAAAGCUGUGAGGGAUGCAGAACAGCGACUAUCAGGCGCAAGCGAAGACUGUUUUAUCAUCGUUGUCAUCGUAUGACAAAUGCGUAAAAAGAGAAGAAAAAUUAAUCAUUGCUGAGAUAUGCAUUGUAUAACUUAAGAAGCGUAAUACAUAGAUAGAUCUUGAAGUGUCGGUUCGGGAAAGAAUGCUAAAAAUUUUUAGAUCAAUAUAUAUGUAGUAGAUUUUUGUCGGUGUAUUUUUGAGAUAUUUUUAAGGUAAAUUUAUUGUCAAUAUUUAAAGUAUAACGAUAAGCUUUCUACUUUUAUAAUAACCCUGUAGUAAUGGUCGAUGUCUAACAAUACUAUUCCCACUUCUCUUUGUCGCUGCAAUAUUGUCUCUUAUAUAGUUUACAACUAACAGCUAUAAUCGGGAGAAACCAGUGUCAAGAAAUCCUGCCCAGAAAAAAAAGGUACCAUACUCACGUGUUACCGCAUUUGUAUACAAGUAUCAUCGUUACCAUUGUUCA